AUGGUCCGUGCGGACCGGGCUGCGUUGAUGUUCGAGGUCAAAUUAUGUCUCACAUUUCGAGGCCAUGAUAAAGUUGUCGCGUAUCUCCUUCAUCGUGGGGCAAAUGUCAAUGCUAGAGGUAGUCAGUACACUACGGCGCUUCAUUCUGCCGUAGUAGUAGGCAAAGAAGGGACGGUCAAGAUGUUGCUCGAUGCAGGUGCCGACGAUGAGAUUGCCAUUAUAUGCGCUUUGCCCUCAGAAGCUGACGCAGUGGAGGGCGUUUUUGAUUGCUGCUGGGAUGGCGACGACGGACGAUAUGGCAAAGCUGUGGGAGAUACAAACGCCUACACAACAGGCAUAAUAGGUCGUCAUCCGGUUGUUUUGGCUCACAUGCCUAGUAUUGGGAAAGGGGCCGCGACCAGUGUAGCUUCAAAUCUGCGGAAUAGUUAUAAGAAUAUCGAGUUGGCCUUAGUCGUGGGUAUCUGUGGUGCCGCUCCUCAGACUCCAAAUCAUGAAGAGAUUCUCCUUGCAGAUGUCAUUAUCAGCGGUGGAAUCAUUCAAUAUGACCUUGGUCGGCGUCUUCCGCACAGCUUUAUCAGGAAAGAUAGUCUCCUCGACAACUUGGGUAGACCUAAUCCGAGCAUCCGCAGUCUGUUGGCUAAGCUUCACGGUCGAAAAAACCUAGUGCAGCUGCAGGAAUUGCUUGGUGUUCACCUUGCUGCGUUGCAGGCAAAGUGGCCUGAUCAAAGCGUACAGUGUCCAGGUAUGGAACAUGACGUGCUUUUCCAAUCCACAUAUCUCCACCGGCACCACCAGGCUCCAUGUUCUGUCUGUUCUAUUGAAGAGCAUCAAAAUGGACCAAUCUCCCAACCUGCUAUUCAGGCGACUUGUGAGGAGCUCGGAUGCGACACGGCCUUGACUAUUAGACAUCAAAUUGCCCGUGAUGAGCAAUCCACUAUCAAUCCACGAAUCCACUUCGGCCUGAUGGCCUCUGGUGAUAGCGUGAUUCGCUCGGGUGUAGAUCGCGAUGCCCUUGUGCAACGGGAUGGGGUUAUUGCUUUUGAAAUGGAAGGUGCAGGGGCUUGGGACAAUCUGCCGUGCAUUGUUAUCAAAGCUGUGUGUGAUUAUGCUGACAGUCAUAAGAACAAGCGCUUGCAGAGUUACGCUGCUGCGACGGCAGCCGCCUGUACCAAAGCAUUUCUCAAGGAGUGGGUGACCAAUGAUGGUCAUCCAGACAUAGAUUACCUAACAGAUGAAAAGGCACCAUAG